CCACCAACACUACAAUCAGUGUGUUUUCAAUUAGGGUUUCUAUAGAAUCCAAGCCACCGGAAAAAAUGGCGAGAAUGGAGGAAGAAAUCGACGUCGCCGAGGAGCCCAAAAGGCCGCCGAAGCACAAGGGCAAGCACGACAAGCCCAAGCCCUGGGAUGAUGACCCCAACAUUGACCGCUGGACUGUUCAGAAGUUUGACCCCUCUUGGAAUGAAGAUGGCAAUAGCUUGACUGAAGACACCUCUUUCUCUACUCUCUUUCCUCAAUACAGAGAGAAGUAUUUGCAAGAGGCUUGGCCUAUUGUCAGGGGUGCUUUGAAAGAACAUGGGAUUAAUUGCGAGCUCAAUUUGGUUGAAGGAUCGAUGACAGUGACAACAAAUAGGAGGAAAGUGAGGGAUCCCUACAUUAUAAUAAAAGCAAGGGAUCUUAUUAAGCUUUUGUCGAGAAGUGUCCCUGCACCUCAGGCAAUCAAGAUUCUGAAUGAUGAGAUGCAGUGUGACAUUAUCAAGAUUGGUGGUUUAGUCCGAAACAAGGAGCGCUUUGUUAAAAGAAGGCAACGUCUUGUGGGCCCCAACAAUUCAACUCUCAAGGCUUUGGAAAUUUUAACUGGCUGCUAUAUCCUUAUUCAGGGAAACACUGUUUCAGCAAUGGGUUCCUUUAAAGGUCUAAAGCAAGUCAGGAGGAUUGUGGAAGACUGCAUGACUAAUAAACUCUAUCCAGUUUAUCAUGUUAAGAUUCUGAUGUUGAAGAAAGAGCUUUCAGAAAAUCCAGAACUUGCAAAUGAGAACUGGGACAGGUUUCUUCCUAAGUUUAAGAAGAAAAAUGUUAAACAAAAGAAAGUCAAGAGCAAAGAGAAGAAGCCAUAUACACCGUUCCCUCCGGAGCAACCUCCUAGCAAGGUCGACAUUCAACUGGAAACUGGUGAAUACUUCCUUAGUGACAAGAAGAAGUCGGCAAGGAGGUGGCAAGAGGGACAAGCAAAACAGGCUGAAAAAACGGCUGAAAGCAAAAGGCGAAGAGAAGAAGCAUUUGUUCCUCCCAAGGAAACAGGAAUGCAGAAUACUAGCGUGUCUAAUGAUGAGGAUAAUAAUGUAACUGCAAUGGCCAAGUCUUUGAAGGAAAAGGCCAAGGAGCUUGGUAAGCGAAAAUCCUUUGAGAAGAUCGAUCCCAAAACAUAUAUUGCUGCUCCUGGAGAACCAUCGUCACAGAAGAAAUCCAAGAAGUCUAAGAAAUGAGAUGCUAUUGUCGAGGAUCAGCCUUCAAGGCAUUUACUUAUGGGGGAGUGCAUGUAUCAACUAAAUGAGGAAAAAGAGAAAACACGGAUAAUGUUACUCUGUGUUUACUUAUUAUUAGUGCUUUGUUCUCAAUUGAUGUAUUCAAUUGAUUUGUUCUCAAUCUUGAUUCAUGCUUUGGUAUUGUUCUGUCUGUAGAAAAUGACAUUUUUGUGUUUUCUUAGUUAUUUGUUUUUUGGGACCUGUUUUUAGGAAAAAGACCAAAUAUAACAUUUGUAUCAUGAAAACUGUUUUUUGUUU